ACAAGCCAAUCCAAUCCACCCUAAACUUCAUUUGCGUCGAAGCUUCCGAAGCUUUGUUGCGGUUUGGUGUGUCUUUUAUUUUUACGUAGAACUCAUAUCGAUCCGAUAUGCCGCGUCCGAGAAUGGAUUUUGCGACUAAUAAGUGGCGAGGCACCACGCGAGCAAGAAUGAACAGCCCUGGAGGUUAUGGGCACUGCUCAAUUGGCUCAUUCCUCGGUGCUUCUCGAAGGCCUGGUCAAGGAGGAGUUGCUCAGUGAACUACUAGUUUGAGUUCCCUGAGACGGACACCACUGACAUCACCUACAGUGCUGAGGUACAGGCUUAAUGGCAGAUAUCAAUAGGAGAUAAUGGUAAGCUGUCCUAUUUAUUUAGCAGUGUCGGAGUAACUCACUUGAGUUUUCAUCACUGUUUUCGCUGGCAGUUUGUUGCCUGCACACAAAAAUGGUCCUUUAAUUGUCCAUGUUUAUUAAAAUUGAUGCAGCCUUCACACUUCUGCGGUUUAGAGCGAUUCGCAGACAUAUGUCGAUCAUAGUCGAAACAGCGUGGCUCAUCAUUAGAGUUGAAUGCUGAGUUUCGCUUGGCAACUUUUUGGCCACUUCGAUCACUACAAAACAUUAUUUGCCUUCUCAGGUACGCGUCACGUCUGUUUGAUUGGACAGCCACCAAGUUGACUUGGAUGUCAGCGCCUGUUGUCAUCAGAACCUGGUUCUUGUGCUGCCACAUCAUUUUUGGUGGUGGCGCUGUUGUCACCUCCCAACGCUUGCGCUCCCCGAGUUCCCAUUCAAGAUGGUGCUGCCACGGACUUUGGCUCGUGGGGGUGCCGUCGCUACUGACAAAGCCUGUGCUCCCCGUCGUCCCUGUUGAAAUGGUGGCUGGAACUUGGAGAGGGUUUGCUGCCACAGCCGGAUCCAGUGUUACAUUCCUGUGGCUUUUUGGUUGUUUCCCAAUUAUUGAAGGGAGUUGCAGGCUUAUCAUGGGCGACACAGCGCUUUGCUCGCAGCUUCACGGAGUACAGCAAUGUGGGGAAGCAAGUCGAGGACAGCCUCUCUCGAUUUCUGUCCCGGGGGCGCUAUGCUCUUCCAGCUGACACCUUACAGACAUGUCAGGAAGCAAGGAAAGGUUAUUUUUUCACUCAUCGUUUACAUUUGGGUGAUUAACUUAGUCUUGAAAAAAAACACGUCAUUUUAAUGACAUUGUGAUAAAUAAAUUUUGGGUCUUUAAAUUGUC